AUGACCAGUCAACUCCACAGGUCGAACUCCCUCCCCUUCUUUCCUGCGAUUUCCCUUCCUUCCUUGGACCUCCGCACCCCUCUCUCUUUCUCCAACACACCCACUUCUAAACGUGCAGUUUCUCCCGCCUCCUCGGCCGGUAGCCAUGUGUCUGGAGUCUCUCAUCCGCCUGGAUCGCGCAAGCGACGACGCUCGACCAUCUUAACCGACGUCUCCAGUGAUGAACUUUUGAGUUCUAUCGACAAAUGGGAUGACGGUUCCGGUCCGCUCGAAUCACCGUCUUCGAAAUCGGGGAUUCGCUCACAUUCUUACGGCUCGGUUAUUACUUAUAACAAUCCAUUCAUGUUCGAUUCGACUCGCACGGAAUACGCCAGGCCUCCCCCAAGUUAUCCCACACCGACAGAGCCGGUUUCUCCUAUACUGGGAUCCAUCAACCGAACCCCGUUAAGUUCGACUACGCGGGCCGAAGCGACGGGCAGCUAUAAAUGCACGCAUCCCGGCUGUACAGCAGCACCAUUCCAGACUCAGUAUAUACUUAACUCUCAUGCAAAUAUACACUCGCAAGACCGGCCUCAUUUCUGUCCCGUGGAUGGGUGUCCACGAGCAUCAGGCGGGAAAGGAUUCAAGCGCAAGAAUGAAAUGAUGCGGCAUGGCCUGGUGCAUAACUCUCCGGGCUAUCUAUGUCCCUUCUGUCCUGAUCAGCAGCAUAAAUAUCCUCGGCCAGACAAUCUUCAACGACAUGUCCGCGUCCACCACGUUGAUAAAAGUAAAGACGAUCCUAUUCUACGUGAAGUUCUCGCACAGCGUCCAACCAGGAGUACACGAGGACGACGAAGAAGAUUGUAUUCCUAG